UGGAGGGGAGGGGAGGGCGGAGAACGAGAAUCAAGGCUCAGCUCGGCUCCCUCCGGGCGCGCUCCGGACCCCGACCCUCGGAGGAAGGUCCAAAGACUCUGGAUCCGUGAGCGCCACCAGAAGGGCCCAGUCCGGGGUCCUGGCGCGGAUUCUGCUCCCUGCGACUCCUCUCGCCACCUCCCACACACUUCGUCCCUCACUUUCCUAAAACCACCUCAGCUCGGCUCUUGGCAGCAACAGCAGUGGCAGCAGCGACGGCAAAGUGGCGGCUGAGGCCGAGGCACCUCGUGGGCUCGAGUCCAUGCCGGGCCGGAUGAAGGGAAAGGCCGGGGAGUGGGGAGCCGGGGGUGCCCUGAAAGCUCAGAGGCGACCGACGGCGAAGCUUCCAGGUCAACUUGUGCCAGAAGCUUUGCUUUUCGCGGUUGGCCCAGUUUGGGGGAGGGGGGCUGAGCAGAAAGGGACCCUCUGCUCGCAUCCCGCACGCGCGCCCUCCCGCCCGCCGGGGAGAGCUGCCGCCGCCGCCGCCGCCGCCCGGCUCAGAGGGAUCCCGCCGGACCUGCCCCUUCCACUGCGGCUCACUCUGCCCUGCCUGGCGCCAGUCCUGGAUCGCCGGCUUCCUAUUUAUACCGGACUGGGCUCCUUUCGACUCACUUUACCAUCCUGUUCCAGGCUGGCGACUUCGCUGCUGAGCUGAAACUGCUAAUUUCUGUGACCAGCUUUUUUCUUAGCUGUGAUCUGGAUGAAUGAGUAGCUGUCUCACAGAGAUGACAAAAAUAAACUCUAAUCCCCCCCAAAAUUUCCACUACAUCUUUCUCAUGCAUAGAUUUAUGAUCUUCAAGCGCUCUGUGCAAUAUGCAAACUUUUUUUUGUGUCUGUAUAUAUGCUGUUGUUUCCAGAUUUCACUACAUUGUUAUGCUGCUUUCCCUUCCCCCCCCACCCCCCCCCCCCCCCCCACAACACUAUGAAAUGCAGAAACAGUCUGAUCUCAAAGUAUGCUAAGAUACCACUUUAUUCUGUUUGGGUAUUUGGGGUUUGAAUCUGACUUGGAAGACACUAGCCCUUGCCUUAAAGGUAAGUGGCUGAGGAAACACACCAGGGUGGGGGAAGUAGAGCUGGUAGCAUAGAGGACAGCCCUUUGCUUUACAUUUGCUUCCCAUAAAGCACUAUUCAAGCUUUAUGAUCUUAUUUGAAAACACAUUUUCUCUAUCAUUUUGUCUGGUUAAACAACUGCCUCUGAACUUCUCUGUCAGCUUUUCAACAGAUAAGGUUGCAGAAGUCACAUUUUUUUAUUGAAAGAUUAUCAUAUUGUUGGAUUUGUAUUUCAGUUAGGAGUGUUUGAUUUGCAGGAGCUAGAAUCAAGUGCUAGGAAACCCGGCUGCUAUUCACAAAUGUAACCUUUCAACUUUGGAGCUCAUCUGAUAUAUAAGGGCAACCACACCGUGCUCACAUUUUUGCCCCUGCUUAGCAUGUAAAAGGAACCCCAGUGUGUUUCUGGAAUUUUAGCUGUACCAGAGAUUCAUGUGCAUUUUGGUAGAGGACAUGUUCUCCAGACUUAUCUCAUGAUGUAUUGCACCCUUACAUUUAUAGCCCUGCAUUUCAGUUGUCAAUGGGGGUUGGAGGUGUCCAAGAAAGAAAGAAAAAAAGAAGCAGAAAAAUGAAGGUAUGCCCUUGAGUAAAAUGAACAUGAAGGAAGCUGGAUAUAAGCUACAUUGAGCUUUGUUUGCUAUUAAAUAUAUGAAUAUGAUUUAUCCUAAUUUAUAUGUGUUCUGAUUAGUAAAUUUAUUAAAAAUCUGUAUUAGGGUACCACUGCAAGAUGUCUAUUCACACCCCCAUCACCCUCUUUGAUUUGUGAGAGAUGGAAAGACACCUGCUUAGGAAAGGGGGGAAACUAAAAAUUCUGAGCUUCAGAAAUAGGGAUUCGCCAUUUACAAUGAUAACAUUAACAUGCACAUGGGAUAUUCACUCUCAAAUAAAUUAAGAAGGAUCAAACUGAAGCAUUUAACCCUCACAAAAGCCCACCUUUUUUUUUUUUUUUUUUUUGUCAAGGUCCUAGAUUAUCUGAGAGUAAGACUUCUGUAUUCAGAUCCUGCUGAGAUGCUGCAUUCUCACAUUUAUGUUUAUAAUAGAAAUGCCCCACUACAUGAUUAAAUCAUAGAAAAGAAUUUUACUAUUGUUGUUGUUUAGGGCGGGGGAAAAAAAGAACAGAUUAUCCAAUUCUUCUGGCUCUAUUAUUUGUUUUUAUUUUUAUUUUGGAAUUUACCUUCUUUGGAUGUUGAAGAGGAAGAAUCAUGUGACUCUAAGAACCUUUUUGGAGCUCUGUGUCACUAGCAAUCAAAGCUACCAAGUAUGUAGAGUGUUACAAAACUCUCAUACAUGUAAAGUGCAAUUUUUAUAUUAUGCUUUUGAUGUUGAUCUUUUAUGAACUCAUGAAGUGUUUGGAACUAAGCCCAAAGGCAAAAUAGUAUUGAUCACUUAAAUUAUGGCCACUUUCUUUUUUUAUGAUGAAAGAAUUAAAGUAUGUUUGUAGGCCUCAAAAUAGCUUAGUCUCAAAUUUCUAUUUUAUUUUUUAUGGACAGGAUAUAUUGGUCACUAAUUAUGAUUACCAGGCUUUUUUGCUUCCAAACCAGCUAAAAGCCACAUUUCAAAAAUUUGAACUACCUAUAAUUUUAAUGCUUAUUUAACAACUAGGGUGGAAGGGGAAGAGAGGGGUUGGGAGCUGGUGAUUCUAAAACAGCUGAUGAAAUGAAGUGGAUAAAAACAUUUUUUUCUGCAUUCUAAGGUCAUGUUAUCUGAUAAUGUUUUAAAUUUCAGAAAAAAAUAUAAUUCUGGUUAUUUUGUAAGCAAUUAAAAAAGAAUAUUGAUAACAAAAAGUCCCUUCAUAAUCUGUGCAUAAACUAGCCUAUAUGUCAUGUAAAUCUCACACCUCCAGUAUCUUAUACUGGCUUUAACUGAAAUUAUUGCAGAACUCACAAAUGAGAUGGCACUAUUUACAAUAAAUCUCGUUAUGAAAGAUUCAAUUUGCAGCAAUCAGAUGCUAGCUACUAAGCGAUUGUAAGUAUUUGAAUUUUAUCCUACUUCACUGUUCAACAUACAGAAAUUGCAUCUGUGUGUUUGAUCUAUCCUGCUGAGCACUAUCAGCAGCUUGCAUCUCUGCCACUAUUGUUUUUAAAAUGGCAGGAAGGACGUGACUAGUCAGGAGCACUGAGCAGGGUGGAUUUCACUUGGCAUAAGAGGAGCCAGAAUCGUCUUUUUAAAAAAAAUUAAAUAUGAUCGUGUAGUCGUCUAAUGCAAGCCAUCUUCAGACUUCGAUAGAAUUAUCAAAAUUAUUCAUUAGUGAAUUUGCAUUUAAACCAUGUACAAUGGAAAGAUUCUGAAACUAUGGCCACUGAGCAGUCUACUAGAGCUGCCAUUAGCUUCUAGCCGUCUGGUCAGCCUUCAAGGUGGCAGAGAUCCAGGCCUAUCAGUGGCUCCAGUUGCUCAGGAUCAUCUCACUGGACUGGAGGAACUGAAGAUUAUCUUUAGAGCAGUUCUAGAAGUGUUUUGCUGCUUAACAUAUAGGGGCAGCCACGCUAAAACGUUAUUUUCCUCAUUCUUGACUUUUCUGCUUAGGAUUUAUGAGUUAUCACUAGAUUGCAUAAACAUCAGAGCCUGGUAUGCCCUGUGUCUUUUGGGUAGUAAACACUACUUCAAUGUGAUAUGACCUUUAAGAUUACCAUCAUUUGGAAUGGAUGGAUAAAGGACGAAAUUAUUCCAUUUUACACAUGGAAUAAAAUUGAAUAAAGAAGGAUCACGUAGCUCCUUCAAAGUUAGGGAGUGGCAAAACCCAGGCACAACUCACAGAUUUCUAGUUCUUUAUUUUUAAAUCUUAAGUAGAUGUGGCCAAAGAGAUCACAAAACCAUCAGCACUGAGAGGCUUAUUAAACAACACGAAAUCCGAAAUAACAAUAAGAAAUGGUGCUAUUGGCUAACAUUUAGGCAAAAGCCAAUGGUUUGUUAUUAUUUUGCUGUCAAGCCCAACUCUGUGGCCCACAUUCCAGGUUCCCAGUAUUUAGCUCUAGCUUGCCUGGGCAGCUUGUUCCAGACACGUUCCACUGUUAAACCACAGCACCUAUUAUUAGGCUGUGUCUUUCUGAAAGGCCUUCAUUCUCCACCCAUAGAUAUCCCACUUAUCUCUCAAGAGUAAACUCAGAUUUCUUUCCACUAUAAAACUUUUCCUGGCAACCUCCAACAGAAUGAUAAUGGAUAUUACUUAUUGAGUUUAUUACUUCGUGGUGGACACUGUUCUAAAUCCUUUAGAUGUUUUAUUUUCUUAAUCCUCUUGCUAAUCCUAUGAAAGAGUAUGGCAGAUUGGAAAAGCUUCCACGCUUCCUGGUAUACAUACCACAUUAUAAUGUGACUUUGCUGCUCCUCUCAUCAAGAGUGGAAUCGACUUACCCAAUGAUUGAAUGUGAGCUGACCUUGUAACUUGCUUUGACUGAUGGAAUGUGUCAGAAGUGACCUUGUGCCAAUUCUGAGUCUAAGCUUCAAGAGGCCUUGCAUGUUUCAACUCUCCCUCUUAGAGCCCUGUCAUAUGCCAUGUGAUGAAGCCCAGGCUAGUCAGGUAGAAGAUGACACACCGUGUGGACAGGUCAUUCCCCAGAUUGCCUGAUAGCUGAACUCAGAUGCAUGAAUGAGCCCAGCUGAGACAGGAGAACCAAAGUACUCCAAAUGACAGAUCCACAGAACCCUGAGCUAAAUCAAUGGCUGCUGUUUCAAGUCAUUAGCUUUUGGGGUGAUUUCUUCCAUAGCCAAAUUAGCUGAUGACAAAAGGUACUAUUAUUAUCAUUUUACUAAUGAGCAAAAUGAAAUGGAGAGAAAUCAGUUAAAUUUUUCAGAAUCACACACUUUUCAAAGGUAGUGUUUAGGUUCAAACCAACACAGCCUGACUCCAGAGAUUUACCAUUAUACUGUACUGGCCACAAAAGAAAUGCCUGCCUCUAGAAAACAUUUAUUUCUAAAAUGCAAUAAUAAAUAAAUAAAUAAAUAAAAGGAAACAUUUAUUUAUUUAUUCAUGCAUUCAUUCAUUCAUCAAGUACAUAUUAAGUAUUUAUUGAAUACCAAAUACUAUGCUAAACAUCAAGGAAACAAUGAUGAAUAAAACUGCGUUCUUGUCCUCAAGAGGCUUACAUUCUAGUAGAAGAGACAGCAGAUAAAUUAUCUUCAGCAAGUGAAUAAUUAUCCUUGUUAAUUGCCCUGAUAAGGGUAUGUAUAAGCAAUUACUGGAGCAGGAAGAAGCAGGUCUCUAACUUCCUCAUAGUACUUAUUAUCUGUAACACUCUUUCAACAUUUAUUAUUUACUGCUUUGUUAAUUGCUUAUUUAGGGAAAUCUGUUAUCAUGUUAACUAGAUUGUAAGCAUCCAUGGGAGAAAAAGUUCUCUGACUGGUAAAAAUCUCCCGUAGUCCAUAGAUUUGUGUCUUGUCCAUAGGAGUUAUUCAAUAAAUAUGUUAAUGGACUAUUAAAGGUGAAUUUUCAAAUGUUAUCAGAGAAAGAGAAGAAAAAACAAGGGAAGAAUUUCACAGUCAGACUGUAUCAGGUAUUUGACAAAACUUGUAUUAGGCAGUCUCUGGAUUAUACUGAUCUACUGUCUUAAAAUUAAUAAAAUCUUUAUACUUUUGUGAAAUUAUUGCUCAUAGCACAUAGCUAAGAGCUUGAUGGGACUUUAGUAAGUACUUUCUCCAAAUUUUUUACCUAUAGCCACCAUCACCCAGCAAAGCUCUCUAAAACUUUGAAGAGAGUAGUUGCUUUAAUAGUAACUCCACAAAGUGCUACUCAACAAAGGUAGCAGAGAGCUGCAAUUCUGUGCAUGAAUUCUUGAAGCAGAUCCCCUGGAAUGGAAUCCUUGUUCUGCCACUUUCCAUUGGUGUGACCUUGGGCAAGUAACCUUCCUGUGCCUGGUUUCUUCCUUUGAAAAUGGGAUAAUUAUAGCACCUAUCUCAAUGGAUCUUAUGGUGUUUAAAUUUUGUAAAUAUUUGCAAAGUCCUUAAAACAGUACCAGAAACAUAAUGAGUGCUUUAUUUAACAUUUGUUAAAUAGAAGGUAGACAGAUGUAGCUA